AUGCUUGAUUUGAUGAAUGAUGGUCGUACAUAUACUCAUCAAUCAAUGACGAUACAGGAUGCCAUGUCAAAUGAAGAUCUAAUCUCUUGUGAAUCUGUCCUGUCAAAGUCAUGCUCAUCAGACAAAAUGAUAGACAACCUGUCUGAAGAUAAAAAUCAACGUGUUUCUUCACACAAAAAUCGAUGGACGGCAGAGGAAGACGCGCUUUUCCUAUCUGGAUUGCAAUUGUAUGGCUAUGGAAAUUGGACACCUAUUUCAGUAUACAUAAAGACACGAAAUAUACGCCAGUGUAAAGAUCACGGGCGCGCUUGGAUAAGAUCUGGAAAGAUUAAAAAUCAAGUCAUCCCGACACCUCUAGAAACACAGUCUGAAGAUAAGAUUAGUCUCUCUAUAGAGACCGAAAUAAAAGCAGAGGCAGAGAUUGAUACAUAUAUAAAGACAGAGGAAGAAGCAGAGGUCGAGAUAAAGACAGAAAUUUUUGAAAAUGAUGUUCGAGAACAAUCUACUCAAGAAAUCAUUUCAGAUAUAAAAACGACUAUUGUCAAAGGUCCAUUUGAGCAAUUGAAAUCAAAGGAUAAAGUGAGCUUUGAAGGUGAUACGAUCACAGCCCAAGAGAAAAAAAAGAAUCCUGAAUGGUUUGAGAACAAGCCGUCAAAAACUCCCGAACGUUACCUAAAGAUCCGUAAUUUCAUUCUCAGUGAAUGGGAAACAAUUAACCCAACCUAUCUCACAAAGAUACAUGCACGCAAAGGCCUCAAAGGUUGCGGGGAUGUUAAUGCAAUCGGUCGUGUUCACAGUUACCUCGAAGAGGUCGGAGCUAUCAAUGUAAACUGUGUAGCGACCGCAAAACCACCGCAAGCCACAAGAAGACCUGUCAGAAAAACCUUUAAAUCUGAAGACCUGUAUGAAGAAGCUAGUCAAACCAGAUUAAAACGAAAGGCACAACAUGAACCCGGUUAUUGUGACAGAGAUACUGACAGUCAAUUGCCUACAAAAACUGGAGACAAAGUUCGUCCAAAGCGUGUAAUCAAGAGACCAGAGCAUUAUCAUGAUCCUGGAAGCUUUCGAGAUUAUGACCCCUUUCAACUUGUACCAGUUGGGUAUCACACAGAUUACUACCCUGCUCCAUUUGUAGUCGAAAUCCAGAAUCAGGCAUUGCUUGUCAUGGACUUUCAUGCCCAUUUGGCCUACACAGAAAUUAUUGGGUUGAUGGGUGGUUCAUUUGUAGAAGAAGAUGGAGUCAAGAAACUAAAGGUAUCGGCCGUGUUUCCUUGUCAAAGUGUCAGCACAGGUAUUCAGUGUGAAAUGAAUCCAGAAUCUGAAAUGGAAGCAAGAGAGGUAUUUGCACAGAAGCAGCUCUCUGUGGUUGGAUGGUAUCAUUCCCAUCCUACUUUUGAGCCACAUCCUAGCAUUCGGGAUAUUGAGAACCAGACAGUUUAUCAGACCUUAUUCCGUAGUGAAAACGGAGACGAGCCGUUUAUUGGCGUUAUUAUCACUCCCUAUGAUCCAGAAAACUUGACUGACAUUUCAAAGAUUGAGUAUCUGCACAUUAGUAAACAAUGGAGUUCAGCACACACCUAUCGUAUUCCGUUUGCGUGUCGUCGAAAGGUGAUACAGAGCCAACUAAACGACGAAACAAUGGGCCAGUUGGAAAAACUUGUAGAAGACUUUAAAAAUUAUGAACACAAGAUAAACAUGAGUUCUGAAUUUGGACAAAAAUCUCGUCUUGAAAAGCUUCUUGGAUCUUUGGAAAUGCAUAUUGAGCUGGAAGAUAAGAAAGAACAAAAGGCUUUUAUGGACAAAAUACGCCUUUUGGUGACUACGGUGUUUGACUCGGCUUUGCAAACGGACGUGAAAAAGAAUAGGGAAAGCUUGAAAUUGUCGGUGACUUUUGAACAGCCAUCUACAAUUGAAUCCCUUGGUGUUUUAGAAUAGUAGUCUUAAAAGCUUUCUGUCGCUAUUUUACUUUCUUUUUCUUUGUAGCAUAAAGAUUUUGUGUGUUAAUUAAUAUAAUUUCUUUUUAAUAAAUAUACGUAUAUAUGUAUACAGUCGUUCCAACGUC